GAAUACUGGUGCCGCCUUCACUAAACUAGCGUAGCCUGGGGACCGGUAGGUCCGGAAGAAAAUUACUAUUCUGGAUAAAAAAAGGUAUCCGCUAAUAUAAUCAUGUAUGUACAGUUUCAUAUUUGGCAAAAACGAUAGACCCAUAAAGACACCGGUGAUGGAAAGAAGGUCUCGGAAGGAGCAAACUGGACCGGCUUCCGUAUGAUAUCAGCGCACAUUACAGGGAAGCAUCGGACAAGUACUCGCAAAGUGCACUUGAUUUGACACCACGUACUAUAGAGACUAGUUUUAUUCUCUCUGUUCCCACCUUGUGUUUUGUGGAUUUUUUGGAAUAGACAUCGUCUUGUGGGACAGACACCCGUUUGGGGUUUUUCAGUCACCCAUACCACGGUUUCUUUUUAAACUGGAUUGGUCAGCAGCUGGCAGCUAGUGCUGCAUAAUUUGAAACCACCCACAAAUGUCUUCAGAGGUGGUGUCUGAAGUGCAGGUGUCUCUGAAGGAACUUCCCAUGGACAGCUGGAUGGAUCACCUGCCCUGUGCUCUAUGGGACGUUCCCCUGAGGAACCUAGCUAUACCAGGAAGCCAUAAUGCCAUAACCUACUGUCUGGAUAGGAGUGACCGCUCCCCUGUCGACCUGACCCAACCUGAUUUGCUGCAGAAGCUGGACAAAUACAUGAAGCCCCUGAUACGACCGUUUGUUUAUAAAUGGGCAGUUACACAGGAGGCGACAGUGAAGGAGCAGCUAGACUGUGGGGUCAGAUAUCUUGACCUGAGGAUCGCACAUCGACCCAACGACACCUCUACUGACCUGUACUUCUACCAUGGAGUGUACACUACACUCACUGUAGAGACCGUUCUUCAGGAGAUCAGAUCCUGGCUAGAUGUCCAUUCUAGAGAGGUGGUUCUGCUGUCCUUCAGUCACUUCCUGGGUCUGAACCAGGACCUCCACACUGGACUUAUAUCCACCAUCAGAAACAUCUUCACCGCCAGGCUCUGUCCAACUACGGAAGUGGUGACGCUGAGGAACCUGUGGUCGUUGGGUUACCAGGUGAUUGUCUCCUAUGAGCACAGCAUGGUCAGCCUCUAUAGCGACCUUUGGCCUCACAUCCCCUACUGGUGGGCCAACAAGUGUAAAGCCGAGGCUCUGAUCGAGGAGUUCGAACACAGGAAACAACAUGGCCGCCCAGGAGGGUUCUUUGUGACAGGCAUCAACCUGACAGAGGAUCUGAAGUACAUCUGUUCUCACCCCACUGAGUCUCUGAAGGACCUGGUGAUGUCUACCUACCCUGCCCUGCUCUCCUGGGUCAGGGGCCAGAGCCCCGGCUCCGACUCCCGCUCCCUCAACAUCAUAGCUGGGGACUUUGUCUCAGAGAGCCACUUCGUACCCACCGUCAUCGCACUGAAUCAACUUUUAGUCCACUGCACUGGUCCUUGUGAUGUCAGCAGAGGAAACUGACCCAUCUGCGGUGUCCCAAAUGACACCAUAUUACCUCUGUAGCCCAUAGGCCUCUGGUCAAAGUCGUGUGUGUAGGGAAUAGGGUGCCAUUUGGGAUGCCUUAUCUGACACAUCUUAUUGCACAGAAUACCAUGUUUUAACUAUGCUGUAGAGGAUGGGACUGCAGCAUGAUGUCAUGUUUUAACUAUGCUGUAGAAGAGGAUGGGACUGCAGCAUGAUGUCAUGUUUUAACUAUGCUGUAGAAGAGGAUGGGACUGCAGCAUGAUGUCAUGUUUUAACUAUGCUGUAGAAGAGGAUGGGACUGCAGCAUGAUGUAAUAGAACUUUGCAUGUAAAAAAAAAAAAAACUUUAACAAUACAUUCUGAUAGGAUAUAUUUGCACAAUUACAUUGCCGACAGUGAAAUGUUUGCCUGUUGAGCUCCUCUCUUCCUGUGUUGACCUGCUCUCUUUUUCCCCCUGAUCUGCACUGAUUUAUUUAUCUGUUUACUUUGGACUUUUGUUAUCUUGUUUACUAGCCCUAAACCUAACCUUCUAACCCUCUAUCCCUAACCCUCCUCUAACCUUCUAACCCUCUAUCCCUAACCCUCCUCUAACCCUCUAUCCCUAACCCUCCUCUAACCUUCUAACCCUCCUCUAACCCUCUAUCCCUAACCCUCCAGACCUAACCCUCUAUCCCUAACCCUAACCUUCUAACCCUCUAUCCCUAACCCUCCAGACCUAACCCUCUAUCCCUAACCCUAACCCUCUAUCCCUAACCUUCUAACCCUCUAUCCCUAACCCUCCUAACAUUCUAACCCUCUAUCCCUAACCCUCCAGACCUAACCUUCUAUCCCUAACCCACCUCUAACCCUCUAGACCUAACCCUCUAUCCCUAACCCCCCUCUAACAUUCUAACCCUCUAUCCCUAACCCUCUAACUCUCUAACCCCCUUCUAACUCUCUAAACCUCUUUCCCUAACCCUCCUAUCCCUCUAUUCCUAACCCCCCUCUAACUCUCUAACCCUCCAACUCUCUAACCCUCCUCUACCUCUUUAACCCUCCUCUACCUAUCCAACCAUCCUCUAACCCCCUUCUAACCCUCCUAACUGUCUAACCCCCCUCUAACUGUCUAACCCCCCUCUAACUGUCUGAUCCUCCUCUGAUCCUCCAACUAAUGUAUGUAUUUCAUAUCUCAGGCAAGGUGGCCAUAUUUUAGAAUGUUCCUUUGACCUAAGCAAUAAUAAAUGUUCUGUCUAAAACCUCUGUAACCAUCUCCCACUAUAACGAGUGCUAACAAUAAUACAGCCUCUUCCAUAGAGCACAAAACUAUGAUGGUGUCACAAAUGGAACCAGACGCUAAAUAGUGUACUUUUCACCAGACCCUUAUGGGCCCUGAUCAAAAGUAGUGCACUAUGUAGGGAAUAGGGUGCCAUUUGGCAAGCAAAACGACAUUACAAAUGGUUAGCACCUACGAUGUAUUUCCAUUAGAUAUCCAGGUUCUAUGGUUAAAGAAUGCUUGUAUCUCCCUAGUUAUAACGUUAAUGCUGUACCAACUGAAGAACAAGUCUGUCCUAAACAGCUCCCUAUUCCCUACGCGGUGCACUGCUUUUGACCAGGGCCCAUAGGGAAUAGGGAGCCAUUUGGAAUGCACCCUCAGAUCAAACCUACAUGAACCAUUGCAUGAUAUCAGACGCACAACUCUGAGCAUGACCUAUGACCUCCUAUGACUGUGCUACAGAUGAGUUAUGACCUUUGACUCUUUCAGAAGCAUGCCUUCAUUACUACUGAAAAGACCUAUGCCUGUGGACAAGAUUAGCCUUUUCCAGAAGACAGGAUGAGCAUUUUGAAUAGAGAAACGAAUAGAUUACAAUGCGUUUUAAAUUCAUGCCUCCAGUUCAGAGAUCACGGAGAGGAGAAGUCAGAGGACUGUCAAAGGGAAUAGAUUACAAUGUGUUUUAAAUUCAGGCCUCCAGUUCAGAGAUCACGGAGAGAAGUCAGAGGUCUGUCAAAGGGAAUAGAUUACAAUGUGUUUUAAAUUCAGGCCUCCAGUUCAGAGAUCACGGAGAGAAGUCAGAGGUCUGUCAAAGGGAAUAGAUUACAAUGUGUUUUAAAUUCAUGCCACCAGUUCAGAGAUCACAAAGAAGUCAGAGGUCUGUCAAAGGGAAUAGAUUACAAUGUGUUUUAAAUUCAUGCCUCCAGUUCAAAGAUCACGGAGAGGAGAAGUCAGAGGUCUGUCAAAGGGAAUAGAUUACAAUGUGUCACUCACUCCACAGAGGGCCGAGUGUUUUGGCUCCUCUCUUGUACUUGAUUGAUGAAUAAAGGUCACUGAAUAGUAACUACCCUCA